UACCAAAGAGAAGACAGGGAGAAACAUAUCAUUCAUGAUUCAAACUAGCUUUAUCCACAAUCUAAAUGACCCCAUAUCAAACAUUACCAACAGGCAUCACCACAAGGUUUUGCCUUUGGUGAAUAGUUGCAAAAACUUCAGCUGCAACUCAAAGCCUAUCUAAGGCCUCUAGUAUAAAUAAUCCUCUUUUAUGAAACUUCUCAUCAUCCAAACAAGCAGUAUCAGUUUCCUCCAAAGUUUUCAAUUUUAUCUAGUUUACUGUCAAACAAUGCUCAGUGCUAAGAAACUCAUCAAGAUGGCCAGGAAAUGGCAGAAGUUUGCAGCCAUUCAAAGGAAAAGGAUUUCACUUCCAAGAAAUGGCAAUGAUGCAGACAACUGCAGUACAACAUUUUCUAUAGUUGAGAAAGGCCAUUUUGUAGUGUACACAGCUGAUCAAAGGCGCUUUGCGAUUCCAUUGUCCUACCUGGAAAAUGAGCUCAUUAGGCAACUCUUGGAAAAGUCUGAAGAAGAAUUUGGGCUGCCAAGUUGUGGACCUAUUACAUUGCCAUGUGAUUCACUUUUCAUGGAUUACAUCAUAUUGCUAAUCAAGACAGGAGCAGCUGCUGGAGAACUUAACAAAGCAUUGCUCCUCUCAAUCACUUCAUGUUGCGGAUUAACAUCUUUACAACAUCAAUGGGAAAACCAGCAGCUACUUGUCUAUUGAGCCAUAAUCAACAUCUUUUUUCUUCAUAUAUGAUAGCUCAAAUAGUUUUGUAGAAUAGGCGAAGAGUACAUAAUUGUAAAGUGCAUCAUACAUAUAGAAUAUAUAUUCAUCAGGAACUUCACUGUUCCAAUUUUCAUCAAUCUGGUGCUACAGUGCAAUGCACAACCAUAAAACUCUGCUUAACCCAAGCUAACCCCAAGAACAUGACUAAUUUUUUCCAUAGUACAAGUAAAUUUUUUGAAACCAACCAAAACCUAAUUUCAA